AUGCGUUUCAGCUGCAUUUUGGGCCUUCUAGCAAUGUGCCUCAUUGUUCAGGCAGCUGAACCGAAUUGCACAAGGACAUGGCCAGUACUUCGGCAAUGCCUUUUUAAGUGCCAACAUGGACGUUGGGGGUUCCGCUCUAUUCCGGGCUUUACCCUCGAGCCUAAGCCGGACGGAACGCCUUGCAGGAGAGUUUUGGGCUUUUUUGGAGGAGUAUGCAAGAAUGGAAGAUGUGUAAAGCCGACAGCUAACAUGACUGGCCCAAGCCUUCCUGAAUAAACACGCAUUACUGCGGAAAGCAUUCAAGGUGGUUCCGAGAAGUGGCCCCAGUGUCUUCUCAUAAAUAUUUGUU